GUAUGCCUUGUUGAUCCGGUUGCAUCUUUCAAGUCAGACUUGGACAAAUUUUUAGAUAGCAUUCCAGAUCAACCCUACAUUCAAGGACUAGCUCGGUCUGCCAACUCAAAUUCGUUGGUAGACCAAAUAUCAUAUAAAGAUUGAAAGGUAAUAAAUAAACGAAUUAUUACCUUUCAUUUCAAUAGUACUGGGGAUUACAUUCCCUGUAGCGGUUAGAUCAGCCCGUGAAAAAACAAACCAAAAAAAAAAUAGCACAAUAGGCUCCAUUUUAUACAGUCGCUUGACUGGGCUGGGCACAAAAUUUUGAAAUUUGACCUUUUCAAUGAAAUGGUGCUUAACAUUAGAGGUCACAAAAAAAUUGUAAAUGAAACCUGAGCAUUGCUGACUUGUCUUCAUUGAGGCCUUCACCAUAACAACGAUAUUAAAAGACAUCAUUUGAGCGGCAAGAUGAACAUGCACAAACCAUUUGGGUUUAAAAAGUCUAUGCACUUGAAAAUGAUAAUGAGUAGUGUCAAAGAAUUUAGAUGUUAAGGAAAUUGAAGCUCCAAUACCAACAAAUCUACUAUAGAAAUAAAACGCAUUGUUUGGCAAGCCCACCUCUGGUCAAAUUACAGAUUUCUCUUCAAUUUCACUAAAAUCUUAUCGCAGACACAUUCAGUUUCCAACCCCUUUGCAGUCAUAUUUGACCACCACAUUUACUUCUACGCUCUAAUCAAAUUCAUAAGAAUCAGGUUAGCACUUUCCAGUCCUUGGUUUGAAAAAUGAUGUUGAUCACUCAAUUUGCAGAUUCUCACAUAACGUCAGUCGUCACCCUGUUUUUGGGUAUAUCUCGUUAGUCGGGGAAAACACAGAAGAGAGGUGCGGCGAAUGAGUCUGUGAGAUCGCCUUCUGAAUUAAGGCUAAGAAACACCCGUCGUAUUAUUAGUGUUUCUUGCGUUGUGAAGUUUGGUUCUGUGGUUAACAUGAUCUGGAAUAUCGGGGCAAUAUUUGCUUAUCUGCAUAUGGGAGAUAGACUCACUCGUUUCUUUGGAAAGCUUGGAUAUCUAUUGGGGCGAAAGCGAGAAUUAACGUUUCUAUUGAACUUUUCCACUCUCUUGAGCACGUCGUAUUGGGUGUACACCAUUUAUCUCCCUUACAUGCGAUAUGAAACAGAUAUUGAAAAGUUAUUCAUCCCAAAAACUGCAAUGGCAUGGCAAGAACGUGAAAUUGCUGGAAGAUAUUUUCCGGUGGAUUACCAAGAUUACCACCCAGGCCACGAGAUCAAGAUGAACCCAGGAUUGAAUCUCCUUAUUCAGCCGAAAGACAACCAAAGUGUUUUCAGAACCGAAGUAUGGUUGGACAUCAUGACGAUCAACAACCAAGUGGUUAACUUGGUGCAUUUAAAGUCUGGAGAAGGUUUUCAGCACCUUUGUGUCAAGAGGGACAACAUUUGUCUUAUCAACGAUGUUUUAGAACUUUUCGACUACAUUCAGGCCAUAAAAUCGGGGACGCUUGUGCUGGAUUUUCCAAAGAUGUCUAAUCCCGUGAGUGGCAACGACUAUUUCUUACCGGCACAUUUUGGUCACGUGGUGCUUAAUCCCGAAGAGACCCAUUUAAUUGAUGCCUUUAGCAUGAAACUCUAUUACUCCUUAAGUGCAGCUCCGGACCAACUGAACCUGAGCAGAACAUGGGAGGUUGAAGUUGCCAAUUGGGCACAAUCUCAAAACUUCACCACCAUUCAAAUUGAUGUUCUGCAUUCUCAAAGUCUGCAACAAGGGCUCGUGGCCAAUAUCGAUUCGGCUUUCAAUUAUCUGGAUGUGACUGUGGCACUGGUCACAUUGUAUAUCACCUUUAACUCCAUGAACUCCAAAUUUGGGCUCACCAUGAUCCUGGUCAGCCUCUUAGGCCUUCUGAACACGGUGUUAUGCAUGUUCUUUGCGUUUGCACUGACAAUGAAAAUGGGCUAUGAUUGGCAGGCUAUCAAUUUGGCAUCGGUUUUCUUAUUGUUGGGCGUGGGUUUGGAUGACACUUUCGUGAUGCUGUCGUCUUGGAGAAAAUCGAAGCACAUAAGUUAUAUUCCACAUAGAUUGUCGCACUGUUACCAAGAAGCUGGAGUGUCUAUCACAAUCACGUCCCUAACCAACAUCAUUAGCUUCAUGAUUGGAGCUCUCGUGCCUGGAUUUCCUUGUGUCGAGAUAUUUUGUGUUUACGCGGGAUCUGGAUUAUUAGCCAUAUACCUUGGCACUCUGUUCAUAUUUGGCCCAGGUUUGGCCUUUUUGUACUCCAUUCAAGAUGGCUUGUUGCGGAAACUUCCCAAACUCAAGAAAUUGGAACUGAAAUGUGUCACCAAAUUACCAACGGGAAACGAUAUGUUUCAGACUUAUCUCGGUGUACCAUUAACAAAGUCUUGGACAAAAGUUGUGGUGCUCAUAAUCUGGAUAACGUACUUUACUUUGGCGGUUAUUGGAUCUUUUAACUUGGGAUACGGAUUGGAGCCCAAAAAUCUAAUGCGUCGAGAUUCGAGAAUGUUCUCUUACCUUCAAGACCAUUUUAUAGCCUUUCACCAUUUUGCCUACAGGAUUCAAGUGAUAUUUUAUGACGAACUCGACUAUUCGGAUGUCAAAGUUCAGCAAGAAAUGUUCCGGGUCCUGGAUAACAUCAAAAGCUCACCUCGAAUGAGUAAUAACUCAAAGAUAGAAGAAAAUUGGCUCACUUCGUUCCUGGAUAGCCCAUUUUCUCCUGAAGAAGACGACCCUCCGGAGCAAUUCAUCAUGAAUCUGAAGAAGUUUCUGGUCGAGUUCAAAUCUGCCCCGGUCUCACAUAAUGUCAAGUUCAACAAUAAUGGGACCCGAAUUCUUGCGUCGAGGAUCGUUGUGCAAAGCUCAUCGAUCAAGGACUCAGUGGAAGAGCAAAAAUUAAUGCUUGAUCUUCGAGAUGUAGCGCAACUUUCCCAUCUUUCUAUAGCGAUUCACAAUCCAUUUUUCAUUCUGUAUGAUCAAUCCAAUCACGUGGUCUAUUCAACGAGUACGAGCGGGUUUUGUUGCGUCACUGCCAUGUUUUUUGUGGCCCUCUUUUUCAUUCCCAGGCCCUUUAGCAGUUGCAUGAUUGUGUUGGCCAUUAUCUCUAUACUUAUGGGAAUUUUAGGCGGAAUGUUCUUGGCCGACAUCAAAGUGGAUGUAAUCUCCAUGAUCAAUAUCAUUAUCAGUAUUGGCUUCUCUGUGGAUUUCUCGGCUCAUAUCACCCAUCAUUUCAUAUCAAGCGUGGACAUGGAUCCCAAUGAAAGGAUAAAAUCAAGUUUGGAAGCAUUUGGUAUGCCCAUCAUCCAAUCUGCCUUGUCCACCAUUUUGGGCGUGAUGCCUCUUUUCUUCAUAGACAGCUACAUCCUUCAAUCUUUUGCCACAAUGAUGACCUUAGUCAUAUGUCUAGGCACCAUUCAUGGGCUUGUGUUCCUUCCAGUAGGGAUGUGUACUUUUCUUUUGGGCAUGCGCUAUUGUCACGGCAAAUCCGUUCGUGAAUGCAAACCUGAAAUACUUCGCAUGGCCAAUUUGGCUUUCGACCCGGAUGAGACAAUCCGAGGUGUCCACGACCAAACUAGUCCAAAAAGUACCAGAGCUGAACCCGACACCGAUCCAAGUAAAUGUGAAUGUGAUAGAGAGUCCAAAUUGUCUACUUUAUAUGAAUCUGUGGGGAAUGCAAACGAGUCAAGUGUGGAUUCCUUUGGCGACAACUCCACCAUCUAUAUAUGAACAGAGAGAGAUUGAUAAUUGGUCAUUUUUUUAAUCAUGCGAACUAAGACGAAUAUGAGUUUAUUUUUGAAAUUUGA